AUGGCUACCAAGAAGAAUAACGAGGGCCGCGGCCAACGCUCCAAGACUCCGGGCCAGACCUCGGCGUCUGAUCCCAACCCCACCGCGACGUCUCCCUCUGCCUUCGCUCCCACCGGCGACACCACCACCGCCUCCCUUCUUCCAUUAUCCGCCUCCCCUUUUGCCCUACCAACCACCACCACCAUCCAGCUUAUCCCGUCGGCACCGCCUCCGACCACCUCGCUUCUUCCAUCCUCCCCCUCACAGAUCACGGCCACCACUCUGCCUCUUCCCUCGGCCGCACCCCUACCCAUUCCAAAAACCCAUCAAGAUCGCAUUUCUUGCACCUCGUAUGCCGCCACCACCACCGACCUCGCCAGCCCGUCGACCGCACCCUCUGCUUCGGCGGCGAGCACGGAUGACUUUAUGAGUCUUUUCGCUACGGCGGUAUUGGAGGCCUUCGGUAGCGUGGAGGCGCUAAAGAACACGGUCAUGGCAGCGGAGAUGAUGUUGGCGGAGAGAAAGAAGCGGGAUGGAAGCGGUGGUUCUUGUGGUGGUUCCGAGGGCGCCAGCAGUGGCACGGACAGCGACAGCGGUGAAAGUGAUGGGGAAGGUGGUGGAGUUGGCGUUUGA